CACGUGAUGACCCACAUGCACCUUUUGCUGCUUCUUUGCUCGUCUUUGUCAAACGCUGCCCCUGUUUCAAAGAUCUUCCUGGUUUCGGUCAGGUCUCCUGUCUUGGAGCAACUUGGUAGAGAAACCACACUACCAUGCUGGCAUAAUCCACCACAGAGUGCUGAGGCUCUGGAGGUACGCUGGUACCGCAAUGAUGGCUUCGAUACCCCGAUCAUACUGUAUCAGAAUAAAAAGAUGGCCACGACCCAGGAUGCUUCGUACGUGGGCCGAGCCUCGUUUGGCCUGAAGGACGCAGCGUCCGGUGGGCUGGCAGCAGGAGACGUGAGCAUGAAGCUGCUAAAUGUCGGGAUUGAGGACGAGGGAGAUUACACUUGUUAUGUGAGCAGUGGUCAGGGUUAUGACCCUGGAAGUGUCAGUCUCAAUGUGACAGAAACAGGAAACACUCCACUCCUGUCAAUGGUGUGGGACGAAGAAAACCUGGUGAAUUUGAGCUGUGAAUCUGAAGGCUGGUAUCCGAGGCCGAAGCUGCACUGGGCCGACCAGAAGCAAAAUCUGACCCCAAAGAGUUUGGAGUACGGCAAACUCUCUUCUGGUCUUGUGUCAGUCCACAGCUGGGUUCUGGUCCCAAGCCCCUCGGAGGUUUCCUGCUCAGUGGGUCUCUCUGACGUGGACACGAAGGAGGCAAGAGUGCGGCUGGAUAUCCCUCCUCCACCUGCCAAACAGGUGCCUGGAUUGGUGGCUGGAUUAGUGGUCUUCAUUCCAUUCCUCUUGGUCGCAUCAGCUUUACUUGGAUGGCUGUACAUCAAGAAGAGAGGUACAUUUUUACGGAAGAAAGACGAAUCAGAGAGGAACCAAGCUCACGAGAAUAAGAAACUUUUACAAGAAGUUGAGCCAACAGCUCUUGAAGAGGCUAAAAAGCAUCACGUAAAUGUUGAACUUGAGGAUAAAGGAAAUCCAUACGUGCCAAUCAGAGCUGGUAUCUUCACAGACAAUAGUUAUUCUGAUGGAAAAGCAGUAUCCUGUCUCACAGCAAUAAGGGGAACCCGUGGCUUCACUUCAGGUCAACACUACUGGGAGGUUUCUUUUGCGAAAUCUUGGGGCCGGGUCAAACAGUCCUGGUGGGUGGGGGUAACAAAGGCAACUGACUUCCCUCUGCAGGAUGAUGCUCCUUCUAGCACAUCAAAUGGUUUCUGGUUCCUGUCGUCUUCCCCUGACGGAGCAAACAGCUUUCAGUUAAACACAGAACCAAAGGUUUUACUGCCUGUUAGCUCAAGACCGAGAACAGUCGGUGUGUAUCUGAAUUAUGACGGCGGAGAGCUUUCCUUUUAUAAUGUGGAAAAUAAAUCUGUCAUUGGAUCUCUCACUGCUGCGUUCCAAGGUGAAGUCUUUCCGCUUUUCAAUCCUGGUAAAGGUGACCAAGCAUGUAUGAAUAUAGUAAAGAAGAAACCAACAGGGGGAAACUUUCUUUCAAAGAGCCUCGUGGUUUUGGUCAGGUCCCCUGUCUUGGAGCAACUUGGUAGAGAAACCACUCUACCAUGCUGGCUCAAUCCAACACAGAGUGCCGAGACUCUGGAGGUACGCUGGUACCGCAAUGAUCGCUUCGAUACCCCGAUCAUACUGUAUCAGAAUAAAAUGAUAUCCACGACCCAGGAUGCUUCGUACGUGGGCCGGGCCUCGUUUGGCCUGAAGGAAGCAGCGUCCGGUGGGCUGGCAGCAGGAGACGUGAGCCUGAAGCUGCUAAAUGUCGGGAUUGAGGACGAAGGCGAUUACACUUGUUAUGUGAGCAGUGAUCAGGGUUAUGACCGUGGAAGUGUCAGUCUCAAGGUGACAGAAACAGGAAACACUCCGUUUCUGUCAAUGGUGUGGGCAGACGAAAACCUGGUGAAAUUGAGCUGUGAAUCUGAAGGCUGGUAUCCGAGGCCAAAGCUGCACUGGGCCGACCAGAAGCAAAAUCUGACCCCAAAGAGUUUGGAGUACAGCAAAGUCUCUUCUGGUCUUGUGUCAGUCCACAGCUGGGUUCUGGUCCCAAGCCCCUCGGAGGUUUCCUGCUCAGUGGGUCUCUCUGACGUGGACACGAAGGAGGCGAGACUGCGGCUGGAAAUCCCUCCUCCACCUGCCAAACAGGUGGAUCAAUCUGUGCCUGGAUUGGUGGCUGUAUUGGUGAUCUUCAUUCUACUCUUCUUGGCCGCAUUAGCUUUACUUGGAUGGCCGUACAUCAAAAAGAGAGUUUUACAGAAGAAAGACAAAUCAGAGACCCACCAAGCUGAGGGUAAGAAAUACCUCACACAAUCACAUGGAGCAUAUUUCACUAUGAACUCAGUAGAGCAAAUAAAUUCAAUCAACCCAAGUUUAUCCACACAAAAAUGUAAUGCAGUCUUCCAUGACCCGUACCGUAUCCGUCCACAAAAAUUAAGCUUUUAUCAGAAGGAGCAGACUGUUGUCCUUACUUGCUGGAGCGUUGUGUCGAGUCCAUGUUCACUGUGUCUGUAUCUGUUCUCAGUUACAGUUGAGCCGACAGCUUUUGAAGAGGCUAAAAAGCAUCACGUAAAUGUUGAACUUGAGGAUAAAGGAAAUCCAUACGUCAUAAUCAAAGAUAGUAGGUUCAGAGACAAAAAUCAUCCUGAUGUUACAGCAGUGACCUGUCUCACAGCGCUAAGGGGAACCUCUGGCUUCACUUCAGGUCAACACUACUGGGAGGUUUCUUUGUGGAAUCCUAAAUCAGAGGUCAAACAGUCCUGGUGGGUUGGGGUAACGAAGGCAACUGACUUCCCUCUGCAGGAUGAUGCUCCUUCUAGCACAUCAAAUGGUUUCUGGUUCCUGUCGUCUUCCCCUGACAGAGCAAACAGCUUUCAGUUAAACACAGAACCAAAGGUUUUACUGCCUGUUCGCUCAAGACCAAGAACAGUCGGUGUGUAUCUGAAUUAUGACGGCGGAGAGCUUUCCUUUUAUAAUGUGGAAGAUGAAUCUGUCAUUGGAUCUCUCACUGCUACGUUCCAAGGUGAAGUCUUUCCGUUCUUCAAUCCUGGUAAAUGGGACAAAGCACCUAUGCAGAUAUUAAAGAGGACAGAACAGGGUGAGUGUAAUGACACAGGGAACGAUGAAAGGGCAGAAGAGCCUGAAUCUUAAUAUCUUCUUGAUCUAAACUUUUCUAUUAUAAUAAUCAUAUAGCAACCGCAAGUAAUCAUGAGAAGCAUAGAGGGGCAAAUCAUACCCUGUGCAUGUGUAAUAUAUACUUCAAUCUGGCUUUGCUUACUGGUAACGAUGCCAUUUCAUCAUGACAGCAUUUAAACUACAUGAUGAUAUGUGAUUGGUUAAGCUAAAUAAGUUGUAGAUCGUGUCUCUGUAAUCGUAUUAGUUACAUGGGAAGGAUUACUACACUACAUGUUAUUUAUAACAACUUUAAAUUUAUGUCAAAAUUAUCUUUUCCACUGUAUCAUCAUAAAUUAUUUUUCGAUCUAUAUUAGCUUGAGGCCCUGUUUGAGGAGGUACGUUGAGAACUGCAUUUUUGACGUACUAUGUCAUUUUCUGACUGUGACUUUCUCAUGACAUCACUUAAUGUGACAUCAUCUGUAGAAGGGUACUUGUAUCAUCAAUACAAGCUUUAGAUUGUUUUUAGUUUAUUUGCAGAGAUUUCUUGGAAAAUGUGUGUAAUAAAUGUCAAUAUUUUUAUCAGCUCCUGAAGCUUAUCACCUGGAUACACUCCUAAGUAAUAUUUCUACAAAGUUGGUUGAAAAUCCGUCCAUGAAUUGUUGAGUUAUUUUGUACACAUGCACACACAAACACACACCAGAGGAAACAACACCCUGCUUACAGCUAACACAACGUGUAAGGUAACCUUCAGAUACCGUUCUUGAUGUUUACCCGUUUCUUUUUCAGUGGUAGUUGUAGUUCUGACUUUAGAAAAUUGCAAGUUUGAAUAUUUUGUCACAUAAAAAGUUUUAUAGUGAUUGCAAGAGAUAAAUUGGUAAUUUGUUUAAUUUAAUUUAGCAAAGUCUUUGUGUUGUGGGCUCUGCGUGUUAUACAGCAAGGCAGCUAUGCAAAUUAUUGGUUUGAUAUGAAGUAGUUUUAUUCUGGCUGUAUUAAUGAAUAAUUAUAUUGUGUUUUUGAUGUUAUAUUUGAUGUGUUUGUCUUUUUAUGCCGUUCACUUCAUUAAGUUUGUUCUUUUCGUUAGUCAGCUUUUUCAAUAAAUUCAAUGAAUCUGA